AUGGGCCGGAAGAAGAAGGAGGUGUAUGAUGGGAAGCAGACGCUGAAGCAGGCAAAGGCAGCUUUCAAGGCGCGCGGGUCGACCUCUGUUACAGAUACAGAGAAGCGCCAACUCGAACGUGGCGCCAUUCUGCUGCAACGUGCUGAGCGUAUCAAGGAGUCCGAGGCACGCCGGAAGGAAGUGCUCAAGAAGAAAUCCCUCCAAGACACAAAAGCAACAAAGACCUGCCUCCUGGGCACGCAGCGUGUCAAUGACAAGUUUGGCUACCAGAGAAGCCAGUUCCAUCUCGGUGCCUUCCUGAAGCCCAAACAUCCUCCUGCCCCGGCACCAUUGCCAGCCUUGCAAGAAGAAGAGCCCGCGAUAGAGCCUUGGGAGCACGACGACGUAGACGACGACACUCUGCUAGACUUGGCUGGAGAGUCCCCUGUCACAACACUCAAGGGACCGCCUACUCGAGUGUCGUCACAACAGACGCCUAGUAAGACUCAUGGCGAGCCCAAGUUGAUAUCGCCCUCGACCACCGAAGAGUUUGGCAGCUGGGACGACUUGCUCGAGCGCAGCUCCCAAAUAGCCCGCGACAUCUCCAUCCCUCAGAAGCCCACACCACCUGCGACGCGCUCAUUCGAUCGUAUAGCGUCUUUCACAUCGGCCGACUUUGAUCUCUCUGCCGAUGACCUCGAAGAGUUGGACUGGUCGGUCGAUAAUCUACAUCAGAGCAACGCGCCUCUACCACAAGUGCCGCCGCGACAGGUCAGCAAGAAUGACGACAUGAGGUCUUGGUUGAGUGGAAAGGAAAACAAGAAGGACGAAUCAGGCCGCGAUAUUGACCGAAAAUUGAUGCCGCCGCCCAUGAUACUUACAAAACGUCCUUCGCCCACGAGUACUGCGGCACGAACGACUGUGCCACCGGGCGCGCACGGCAUCAGUCUCGCUGAUCUCGAGUCUUUGGCUGGCGAAGAGAUACAGUUGAGCCAGUUUGACGACUUUUGA